AUGGCCUCGCCGUCGACCGCUGCGUCUUCAGACGCUCCAGUUGCUGAUGUUGACAGCAAACCCGCGGAAAGAUUCCUCAUCGGCGUGCUUCUUGGUCUAUUUGCCAUCUUAUGCAUCUGCGGCAUUUUUCUUGUUAGACCCGUCGUCUUGAGGGUCAUUCGAAACCUCAGAAACCAGCAAGACGCGGUAGAACAAAUCAUACAACAGCGGAGACGCCGUGCCCGAAAGCCAAAGCUACUCGAAGUUUAUGUGGAUCCAAGGGCGCAGACGGAUGCAGCAUACUGGCAUAGCCAACAACCAUUUGGACUCUCUGUCGACUAUACAGAGCCGGAUCCCCCUCAGUAUGCCAAAGACGAGGCGAGGACAGGCUCAAGGACAGAUUCCACUUUACCAGAAUCAAAUGGAGUAUGCAAAGGAGAUGACUUGAACACUCCGCGGUCCGAAGAUUCCUCCUCUCCCAGCGACGAGCAGCCGUCUCCCCCUUGUCCACGUCCGGAGCCGUCCUCACCACCACCACUGGAACAGCUCGAUACCAUUGCACAAAUUUGCGUGUUCGUAGCCAUGCCAUCACCCUCGCGCUCCGUCCGGUACCAGUUUCCCCCGACUUCGCCUAGCCCACACCCGACCGCGCAUUCAUCCCAAAAUUCCCCCCGAAGCACUCCAUCUCACCUCGAGCUUGAUAAAAUACGUGACAGAGGUGACACUCCCUGUUCGGCAUCGACUCUAGAGGAUGAUAGACUCAUUGUACCACCACCCCUUCCGUGUUUGGCACUGGGCAUCGGAUCAUCGCCGUUGACACUGUAUCAGUAG